AUGGAGGCUGGCGUCGGUGAUAUCGGUCUAAUGGUGAAAGUCCAAGACAUUGAAGCAUAUGCUCCUAAGGACUUGCUGAUUGUCACGACUGGAUCACAAGCAGAACCACGCGCUGCCCUGAAUCUUGCAUCAUAUGGGAGUAGUCACGCAUUCAAACUUACCAAGGAUUACUCAGCGAAGGUAAUCCCAGGCAAUGAAUCACGAGUAAUGAAAAUGAUGAAUGUUCUUGAUACAUACAAGUUUUACCAAUCACGAGUGAUCAGAGAAUUGGGAAGUCUACUGAUGAUAUUAUCGAUAGUGCAAGACUACUGGCUGAAGAAGAAACUGCGGCAUCCUAAAGCAGAUGAUAAGGAAAGCAGCAGAAACAUGAGUGAAGAAGAUGAGGAAGAGGACGAAGAUUAUGAAUUUCUUAAGAAGAAUGCUGUAGUAGCGGAUCAAGCAAAGAAUGCAGAUAAACUAAGACAAGGUAACGUUGUUUCUUUUGUACUCGAUCAGUAUCCACUGUCUCCCUUAUCGCUAAAAGCAAUCAAGGAUGCUGGAUACGAGACAAUGACUGUUGUGCAGGAAGCUACUCUUCCUGUAAUUCUCAAAGGUAAAGAUGUCCUAGCUAAGGCCAAAACAGGAACUGGGAAAAAUGUAGCGUUUUUGCUUCCAUCAAUUGAAGUAGUUGUCAAAUCUCCUCCUACAAGCCCGGAUAAUAAGCGACCCCCAAUUCUUGCGCUAGUGAUAUGUCCAACUAGAGAACUUGCAAAUCAAGCUGCUACAGAAGCAAACACCUUGUUAAAGUAA